CUCUUUCGUCUUACACUCACUGACAAUCAAACGCUACGCCUUCGGGUCGACGAACUGGAACGAGAACUAUCGGUGUGGAAGCUGGCUUUCAAGGCUGCCGAAGAUGAAAAAUGCAAUCUACAAAAACAAAUGCUCAAGCUGGAGAAAAACAUUGGCUCAUUAAAGGAUGAUAACCCGCUUCUCCUCUGCCUCAUUGACGGUGAUGGCAACAUCUUCUCCCAAGACUUACUUGCGUCAGGCCAUACAGGAGGCCGGCAAGCAGCCAUGCUGUUAACUAAAGGGUUAACAGACUAUAUGGUCGAUGUUGACGCCGGAUCUUCCGGGCGUGGACAAGUUUGGCUGACUGUGUACUGCAAUAAAACCGGCUUGAUGGACACCCUGGUGAACAACGGUAUAUGCAGUGCUUCAGAAUUUGAGGCAUUUGUGCUGGGUUUCAACUCAGCUUCACCGUUAUUCUCUAUCGUGGAUGUGGGUGGUGGAAAAGAAGCAGCAGAUGCGAAGAUUAAAGAAUGUCUUCGUGUUUUCACCCGCUUUCCCCAGACUUCACGUGUAUUCUUCGGAGGUGGGCACGACAAUGGAUACACUUCCACAUUAAGUACCCUUGAAAACGAGGGCUUCCUGGAAAAAAUUGUGCUACUCCGUGGAUACAAGACUCUCGCCGCUGAGCUUCAACACUUCGAUUUGCCCCACCUCGAUAUUGGAGGUGUCUUCAUGACAAAGAAACUUCCCUCGUCUUAUACACACAGGAGGUCGACGCCUCCAACAGGUGUCGCUCCUCAAGAACAUGACAGACAGAGGAUAAAUCCCAAAACCUUCCUCGUUGGAACGCAAAGUCCGGUCAUCUCUACAAACACACAAUUCUGCAGAUAUCUCGAUCCUUCUCUGCCACUCAACAAGCAAACUCCACGACCCUGUACAUUUUUCUAUCUGUCCGUGUGCAAGCAAGGUGAUAAAUGCACCUAUGGCCACGACUACUUUCUUACAGCAGACAACUACGCCGAGCUUCGUGCCAAUGCGAAGAAAUCUCCUUGCCCCGUCUUGAAUAAGAACCAACCUUGUCCCUUCGGCGAAAGUUGCCCUUCUGGACACUACUGCCCCAGAGGGUCUAAAUGUAGCUACAGGAAACAAGGCAAAUGCAAAUUCAUCGGGAGUGAGCUUUCUAUGCCCGAAUGCGAGCCGAAAGAGAAGUUGAGGAACAAAGUGGCAGCCAAGAAACGGAAGUCCCCCUUGCCCGAAAGCGACGAGCUCGAAGAGCCACCCAAGAAAGCUCCUCGUAUAGCACAUGUUAGUAAUGAACCAGGGAGCACGCGAAGAAGCACUCGUCUUGCUGGUAAGACAGUCGACUACAAGCAAGAACAAGACCGCGGGGUCCCGGAACCGGUCUCAAUCAACCGGUCUCAAAAGCUCAAAGUCGGCCAGCUUAAAUCAAAGAGAACAUAUGAUCCUCAUAUGUAUGGUCACAUACCUGACGUAGAGGUGGGGACAUGGUGGGCAACAAGGGAAGAUUGUUCAAACGCAUCUGUCCAUGCCCCUUGGGUUUCGGGUAUUGCACCAGGUCCACAUGGUGCAUACUCGAUCGCACUUUCAGGAGGAUAUGAUGAUGAUGUAGAUGACGGAUAUGCAUUAGCAACGGAGAUGUCCUCAUCGGUAUCAGGCGGUAGGGAUUUGAAGGGAACCAAGAAAGCACCCAAGAAUCUUCGAACGGCUCCCCAAAGCAGUGAUCAGAGCUUUGAGGAUAAAAACAACGCAGCUCUCCAGAGAUCUGUUGACACCCAGAAACCUGUCCGUGUGAUCCGGGGCUUCAAAGGGAAGGCCAGGUCAAAGUACGCGCCGUCAGAGGGGUACCGCUAUGAUGGCCUAUACCUUGUCAAAAAGGCGUGGAUUGAAAAGGGGCUCAACAAGGGAGGUUUCCUCGUAUGCAAGUUUGCGUUCAUGGUAUGUCUUCUGUAG